AUGACUAUUUCUCGUGGUGUAUACAAUCAGCUCUUUGAACAAGCGCCUGAUGCUACGGAUGGAAGCAAAGAGAAAGUGAUUCGUUUACGUCCGACGGAAGCCAAGGCGGGUGCUGUGGUCAUGUCGGCAAAGAAUAAGAUUCAAAUGUGGACGAAGGAGGAACAUGAUCGUUUUCUUGCAGCAUUGGAAAAGUUUCCGGCUGGUCCAUGGAAGAAAGUUGCUGACUUUAUUGGUACAAAGACACCGAGGCAGACAAUGACACAUGCUCAAAAGUAUCGCCAGAAGAUUCAUCGUCGACAGAGAGGUCUACGUAAUCAAAAGAAGAGUGAUCAGAAGGACAGUGUUAAUGUGAACACUAGUAAUAUGGAGAAUCCGGCACCUGUGGACACUAAGAAGGAUGUCAAGGUAGAGCUUAAUGCUCUUGUAUCACCCUUUGGUGUAGCUGAUUUGCAACUUCAGCCAGGCUCCAAUGCUGCAAUGGCUGUUGUAACAGGCGCCACGAAUGACCAAUUAUUGAACAUUCUGGCUCAGCAAGCGACGACGAUUCAUGACAAGCCAGGGCCGAUGGAAGUGGAUGAGGUGGAUCAAGGGACGGCGGAAAUGGACGUCUCUGUGUCGCUUGAGGCGACAGCUGGGGAAGACACGGAUGGAUCUUUUAACAACAAUUUGCCGUCACUGGCUGAGAUUUUGCAUUUGGGCGGCGCUGAAGGGCAGACUGCUGUGGAGACGGAAGAGACACAGGUGUCGAGCAAGGACGACGAUGAGUUGACGACUGAGGUCAAGACGGAGACGGAGACGAAGGCAGAGGAAGAGGGAGAGGUGCAGACAGCGUCAGAGGACUGCAAAUGCAAAUGCACCUGCAGCGCACACGGUGGAAAGAAAGUCGUAGUGGAAGCAUCGAUGACGCAGUCUCGACCUGAGGAAAGCUAA